GGAUCCCAGAGUCCUGGACAGCAUGCUCCCGUACCUGAUGGCCUACUAUGGCAACCCCCACUCCAGGACCCAUGCCUAUGGCUGGGAGAGCGAGGCCGCCGUGGAGAAGGCGAGGCGGCAAGUUGCUGAUUUAAUAGGAGCUGAUUCAAGGGAAAUUAUAUUUACCAGUGGUGCAACAGAAUCAAAUAAUAUGGCAAUUAAGGGUGUUGCAAGGUUCUAUAAAUCCAGAAAAAAGCAUAUCAUUACUACGCAAACAGAGCACAAGUGCGUGUUGGAUUCUUGCCGUUCCUUGGAGACAGAAGGUUUUCGGGUCACGUAUCUACCUGUUAAAAAAAAUGGGCUCAUAGAUUUGAAGGAGUUGGAGGCUGCGUUCCAGCCAGAUACAAGUUUGGUUUCUGUAAUGACUGUGAAUAAUGAAAUAGGAGUAAAGCAGCCAAUUCAUGACAUUGGUGAGAUCUGCCGCGCACAUAAGGUUUUCUUCCACACAGAUGCCGCACAAGCAAUUGGUAAAAUUCCUAUGGAUGUCAACAACAUGAAAAUUGAUCUAAUGAGCAUCAGUGGCCAUAAAAUUUAUGGGCCCAAAGGGGUUGGUGCUAUCUAUGUUCGCCGUCGACCGCGCGUCAGGCUAGAACCCCUGCAAAGUGGGGGAGGCCAGGAGAGAGGACUGCGGUCUGGAACUGUGCCCACUCCUUUAGCAGUGGGCCUGGGGGCAGCAUGUGAAGUGGCACAGCAAGAGAUGGAGUAUGACCAUAAGCGAAUCUCACAACUGGCAGAGCGACUGGUUACAAAAAUAAUGAGUGAAGUUCCUGAUGUGGUUAUGAACGGCGAUAGAGAGCAUCGCUAUCCAGGAUGCAUCAAUUUAUCUUUUGCGUAUGUGGAAGGGGAGAGUCUUCUGAUGGCUCUGAAAGAUGUGGCUCUGUCUUCAGGAAGUGCUUGCACGUCAGCUUCUCUGGAGCCUUCCUAUGUUUUGCGGGCAAUCGGAACAGAUGAAGACUUGGCCCACUCAUCUAUAAGAUUUGGCAUUGGUCGUUUCACUACAGAGGAAGAAGUAGAUUAUACAGUGCAGAAGUGCAUACAGCAUGUUAAGAGGCUGAGGGAAAUGAGCCCCCUCUGGGAAAUGGUGCAGGAUGGAAUUGACCUCAAAAGCAUUAAGUGGACUCAGCACUGAGAAAACAUUGCUAUCCGUGGACUAGAUGUGGAUGUGGAUUAAAAUGCAUUUUCUGUACAUUCCUGAACAAAUUAUGCAGCACUUCUGUUUUUUGACACUUGCAAUUUGACUGGAAAACUACACUUUCUGAUCACAAAGUCUAAGAAGCAAAAAAUGAAACUAGUCUUUAUCCUGGAGAAAGGCAGGAUGAUAUAACAUCCAUUGCAUUUAUAUUGACACACAGAAAUUUAUGCUAAAACAGAAUUUAUUUGGACAUGUAUUUGCUAAUAAGAAAAUGAAAUCAGUGUGUUACUCCUGGGCCAGUGGAAUCCUGCUGAGAGGUUGUUGCCUCUCAGUGUAAAACAUCCCGUGUAGCUGUUCUGUUUGCAGCACAGACCUCUUGCCAGGCCUCCCAUUCUUUCUGUUUGAGACGGGCAUCCUGCAACAGCAGCUGUUUUUGUGCUGCUCAGAUGCAUUGUACUGCGAGAAGUUCUCAGAUAGGAAGAAGCUUGGCAUUUCUAGAGGAAAAGGAUGCCUCAGCGUGGCUAUGUGCCUUCACUGUUAAGUUGUACGUGCAGUUAAGAACAAUUUUUUUUCUGAAACUGAGUAUUUUUGGCUCUUUUUCCUUGGUUUUAUCUUUUUUUGGGUGAUGCUUGUACAGACCAGUGUGUGCUAAUCCAAACCACCCUUCUGUGUUACAGAGUUUAUGAUACAAUGAUUAUGCACUUUGCUGUCCCCUGCACUGUGUUUUUUCCAUGCAAUUUUUUUCUAAGUAAGGAAAGAAAACUUGAAUGACUGGGGGAGGCGGGUAGGCAGAACAUGUCAGCUUCAGUUGCAGUAUGAGUUUAGUUGGAACGUGAGUGGUGGAGGUGGUGGGGAGAGCAGAUAAAGUGCAAUGUCUUAAUGCAGUCUGGGUUUUUUUCCUCCCGUUGUGAUGAGUCCUUUGCUGUUACUCAGAGUUUGCCUAUGGGCGGUUGGCUUCUGUCACUUUAGGGAGUCUAGCCCAGUUGAGCCUGGAUGUUUUGUCUGGAGAUAAGAACAUGCGGCUCUGGAGUUUUCUCUGCGCAACAGACUGUACUUCUGCCUGACUAGAGACUUACAUGGGAAUCCGUUCCCUGCAAAUGCUGGGGGAAAGUGUCUGUUAAAAAGGGUUUGAUGAGACUAAUUCAGUGUUUCUCCUUCUUAACUUUGUUGAUCUUUCCAGUACAAAACUUAACCCCGUAUUACAAAGUGCCUUUGUUUCAGUUGCAUAAGCAGACAGCUCUCGAAUUAGUUUUGUUGAUUGAUGGAUGCCGUAUUAGCUGCUGAAUUUAAUAUACCCUAUAGAUAGUACGUCUUCAGUUCUGGAUGGUAUCUGCCUCGAGGAUGAACCAUGUAAUGUAAAAGCUGAAGCUAAAUCUCACAAGGCGGAUUGUGUUACAGAAGCUUGUUCUUUUUUUUGUUACCAAGGACAGAUUUGGUCAUUUGUAAUGCAAAGCUAAUCCUCAGUUGUUCUAUUUGAAAUUAUUAGCUUUAGUGGUUUUAAUAUUGUAGGGCUGGCACCUUAUAUUUCAUCACAACAUUUUUAAAACUACCAUAUGCAUAAAUAGGUUUUAGAGAUGGUGUAUAUACUAUUGUAUGUACUAUUUAUCCUUGGGCCAUAUGUGUUUUCUGGAUUAAGCAUGUAAUAACACUCUCCCAGCAUGUUUUCUAACUAUAUGUUUAUGAAGUUGUUACUUUGUGUUUCAUGGAUAAUAAAAUAUAGAUAAGACUUAAAC